AUGGGAGUCUACCCUUCCGAUUCACAAAUCUCUCUACCCUCCAAGGAUUCUGAAAUCUCACUGGACAGUAUCCGCUCCCCACUACACGAACGAUCUACAGAAUGGCGAGCCAUGUGGAUUUCUAUUGGAAUGCAGUUUGUAGUUGGUGUUCAAAUUUCUGUCUAUUACAUGUCCAUGUGGCCAUAUCUCUCUGGAUUGGACAAAACUGCCGAUAUGGAUUUCUUGGGCUGGGUGGUAGCCGCUUGUAAUAUUGGCUGUACUAUUUCCAACCCUCUCUACGGACUAUGGAACCAAAAAACAAUGUCGUGCAAAUGGCCAACUAUUACCGGAUUCCUAAUUGCCGCAAUCGGACAAUUAAUGUAUGGAGCUAUUAGUGAAGUACAACAACAUGGGAAAUGGUACAUGCUGGUUGCCAGAGUAGUCACAGGACUUGGAGUUGGAAACCUGGCGGCUUUGAGAGCCUAUGGAGCAACAGCUUCUACUCCAAAAGAUCGGCUGAAAGCUAUUUCAUAUGGAACUGCUGGAUACGUUUUUGGAAUUUCAUUUGGACCUGCUAUUUCGGCAUUCUUCACUCCCCUCGGCGAACAAGGCUACAAUCUGGGAAUUGUAAAAAUCGAUAUGUAUACCGCCUCUGCAUAUCUUAUGGCGCUCAUUUGUGUCCUGGCUGUUUUGAUGCUCAUUUUCUUCCAUGAAGACUACGCUGGAAUCAUUGAUAAAAGCAAGGAUAGUGAUGAAAAAGACAUGGCUAGCUACGUAGUUGUCCCAAAAUUCGACCUGGUCCCAGCACUCAUCUGUAUCUAUUUGUACAUGAUUGUCAGUAUGAUCGCCACAAAUAUUGAAGUAAUGUCUACUCCUCUCACAACCGUUCUUUAUGAUUGGAAAGAUUCUCAAGCUAUCCUCUACAAUGGAAUCAUUGAAUCUGUCACUUGUAUCGUUUCGGUUUUGAUUAAUUUUGGAAUUGGAAAGUCGAGAAUCGGAAAAAUCGACAAACGUCUCCAGAUUCUGUUCGGAUUGGCUGUAUUUGUAGCAUUCCACUUGGUCAACUACCCAUGGUGGUUCUAUUCGGGACCAUUGAACUUCCUGCCACCAGGAUCCAACACUACUGUCGUCGGAGGAUGUCUUGACACCUACACCUGGUGUAGCUCAACCACUCGUGUCCCAAUGGCUCUCUAUAUCUUCGCAUUCGUUUUCUUCUUCGGUAUCGCAUUUCCAUUUGUUGAGUCUCCAGCUGCAGCAUUGUAUUCUGAAAUUCUUGGUCCCAGAAAGCAAGGAACCAUGCAAGGGCUAUUCAGUUUCGGAGGAAGUGUCACACCAUUUGUGGCUAGUAUUAUUAUCACAUUCCUCUUCCAACACACUGGAUAUAAAUACGUCAUUAUCCUCCAAUCAUCUACAAUUUUCAUUGCCUUCGUUCUGAUGUCAGUUUUCUACAAUCGACUGGUCCCUUUGAAACUGAAACCCAAUAAUGGAGAAUCUGCAGCUUACAAAAAUGGAAUUUUCUAUUCUAUGUGA